AUGGCCGUCCGUGCCAAGAGCGUUGUGGUUUUUGGCCUGUCGCGGCGGGAGCGAAACCGCGCGAGGUGCCAGAAGGAGUUGGAGGCUUUUCUCAAGACCUGUGGUCUCAAGGACGUUCAUUCGCGAAGACAGGCCAGCUCAAGCUGGCCCGAGGCGGAUGGACUUUAUCCAAUUCAUCUCGCAGCCAUUCAGGGCAAUUACAAGGUCAUGCGUGCCUUGCUCGCGUCCAACGUGGACUCUGAGAGCAGGAGCCCUGACGGCCGAACAGCCUUGGACUAUGCUGAAAAGCUCAAUCAGAACGGGUCCCAUGAGGACGUCCUGUUCCUCCUUCGUGGAAAAGUCAAGGUCCUGAGCUUGCAAGCUGCAGUGAAACACAUGCAGCAGGACACCGAGUUUGAUGCCAUGGCACAUACCCUCUUCUUCCCCGAGACGGAGAGGACAAUCACGGUGACAAUCACGGGUUUUGACCCAUCCGCAAGUCUCCAAGUUGGUUUCUCCAAGAAGCCCGUGAAGCCCGUGAAGCCCGUCGGGCCCGUGGGGCCCGCCCGUGGGGCCCGUGGGGCCCGUGAAGCCCGUCAAGCCCGUGGGGCCCGUGGGGCCAGGGCAGGGUCAAUGAAUGCCUUUUGUUUUCUGGUCUUCUUCUACGAACUCCUCUGUGUGACUGUCGGUCCGGGGCAUAAGUUCCGUGCCCCCGUGAGCCCGUGGGCCCGUGGUCCGGGGCGUAAGUUCCGUGAGUCCGUGGGCGCCCGUGAGCCCACGGGCCCGUGGGCCCGCGAGCCCGUUGGCCCGUGGGCCCGCGAGCCCGUUGGCCCGUGGGCCCGUGGAUGGGCCCGUGGGCCCGUGGAUGGGCCCGUGGUUGGGCCCGUUCGCGGGCCCGCGGGCCCGCGGGCCCGUGGCGGGCCCGUGGAACACUAG